CCUCUCUGGCUGUGCCUAAAGAUAGAACCAGCCCAUCUCUCCUUCCAGCCUCUCUCUGCUGCAGGCUUUACAGAGCAAUGUAAUUAAUCAGCGCAGGGACAGGAAAGUGUGCACAGGCCCUUUGCACCACAGGGCAGGAGUUACAAUUGUUCGAGCCUUGGAAAUGGCUUUGCUGUGUUACAACAAGGGCUGUGGACAAAGAUUUGAUGCUGAUAAGAACUCUGAGGAUUCCUGUGUGUACCACCCAGGUGUUCCCAUAUUCCAUGAUGCCCUAAAGGGCUGGUCUUGUUGCAAGAAACGAACCACAGACUUCUCAGAAUUCCUCUCCAUAAAGGGCUGCAUGAAGGGGUGUCACAGCAAUGAGAAGCCCCCUGAGCCUUUCCGGCCAGAGGAUACCUCAGACAAGCUGAAGGCCAAGCCAAGCACAGAACUCAUUGUCCAAAGCCCCAAAUCAGCUGAGAAGAUGCAGCGUGAAAGGCCAAGCUCUGAUGAGCCAAGACAGCCACUGCUGAUUAAAGUGUCCAGGUCUCUGGAGCAGACCCUGGAGAAGCUGAAUCUGGCCUCCAAAAACCAAUGCCCAGAGGGAGGUUCCUUGUGCAGGGCAGAGGCCAUUCCGGAUGUCAGACCUGGCACCACCUGUAAGAACUCAGGCUGUAAGGUGAUCUACAAGGGGGCAGAGAAUGAGACGGAGGCUUGUAUUUUCCACCCCGGAGUUCCUGUCUUCCAUGAGGGUAUGAAGUACUGGAGUUGCUGUGGCAUUAAAACUACAGACUUCAGUGUGUUUCUGGAGCAAGAGGGCUGCAGCACUGGAAAACACAGCUGGAUAAAGAAGGAGGAUAAGAAGUUGGUGUCUUGUCGACAAGACUGGCAUCAAACCAGCAGCCAAGUGGUGGUGACAAUUUAUGCCAAGAAUCCUCUGCCAGCACUCAGCUCUGUGACAGCCAGUCGCACUGUGAUUGAUGUCCAUAUCAUGUUCGAAGGUGACAAGGUUUUCCAGGCAAAGCUGGAUCUCUGGGGGGUCAUUGAUGUACAGAAGAGCUUUGUAAACAUGGUGCCCACAAAGGUGGAAAUCACCCUGCGAAAGGCCAGCCCCAUGACCUGGGCCAAACUGGAGCAUCUCCAGAGCAGCUCUCAGACCAGACCAGACCAGACCGAGACAGACCCUAUGGAUGCCGAGGACCCCGAAGGAGUGCAAUGGGAGGAGUCAGAUGACAGCUUGAGCUGGUCAGAGGAGGGAGAUGAGGAGGGGGAGGAAGGAGCAGUAAGCAAAUGACAUUCAUGUAGCGUCUUCAAAAGAGAGAUUGAAGCCUCUUUCUUUCAAACACAAGCAUGUGGGACCCCAGAACCAUCUCCAGGUGAGCAGAUUGAAUUCCCUGGAGACUGAGGGCCAGCUCUGAAUUUAAAGCUGCUAGAGACACUGCCUCCCAAGUGUAAAGAGUUCAGCUCACCUAUGUCUCUCUGGCAUUGUCUACACUGGGAUAUUUCUUGUACACUUGUGAGGAAGUUAAAUAGCAGCUCCUAAAGUUUGACAUUUUUAAAUCAGCAUCCAGGCGUUUUAAAAGAGCUGGUUGAGGAGCUCAAUGGACUGUUAAUGUUAAUUUUCAUUAAGUCCUGAAAAAUCACAGAAGUUCCGAAACACUGGAAGAAAGCUAAUGUUGUGACAGUAUCCAAAAGGGUAAACCAUAUAACCUGGGUAAUUAUGCACCUGCCAGUCUGACAUUGAUCCCAGGAAAGAUAAAGGAGCGGCUGAUAUGGGACUUAAUUAUAUUACUCUCCUUUAAUUUUUUAUUAAUAAAUGCCAAUCAACAUGGGUUUAUGGAAAAUAGAUCCUGUCAAAACUAAUUUGAUAUCUUUUUUGAAUGAGAUUACAAGUUUUGUUGAUAAAGGUAAUAGUGUACCACAUAACAUUUUGAUUAAAAAAUUGGAAUGAUAUUAAGAUGGCACACAUUAAGCAGAUUAAAAGCUAGCUAAUGGAUAGGUCUCAACAUUUAAUUAUAAAUGGGGAAUCAUCAUUGAACAGGUGUGUUUCUAGUGGGGUCCUGCAAAGAUCAGUGUUUGGCCCUACACAAUUUAAUAUCUUUAUUAAUGACAUGGCAGAAAACAUAAAACCAUUAUUGAUAAAGUUUGUAGAUGACCCAAAAAUUGGGGGUGGUGGUCAGUAAUGAAAAGGAGAGGUCACUGAUACAGAGUAAUCUGCAUCGCUUGGUAAGCUCAGUGCAAGCAAACAAUAUGUAUUUUAAUAUUCAUAGAUUCCAUGUUGUAGCAAGGUGAGACUCACUGGCACAGCACCUCCUGCUGGUUGUUCUGGGAAUUAGCUCUUCCAGCCCAGAGCACCCUCUGCAGGCUGGUGUCUCACCUGCCACUGGCCCCCAUGUCCCUCCCAGACCCCAGUGCCCUUUACCCUGGGGUCUCCCCUUCCUGUGGAACCCCCAACCCUCUAAACCCACCUUGCCUCAAUGGCUACUGCCAGUCAUCAUCUAGCCCCCGCUCCCUGGGGCCAAUUGCAGUCUGUAAACCUGCUGCCUUUGCCUAUCUCUGGGCUGUCCCUCUGCAGCCACAGUACCUAUUUGGCCCUUUUAGCAUAGCCUGCAGCCUGUUUUUUUUCCUGGCUGGAGCUCCCCAGCUCCCUCUGUCCUUCCCCAGCACUGCUCCACCUCAGGUACCCUUCUCAGCUCUCAGGCAGCCAGGUCCUUCUCUCUCUCAAGAAGUUGGAGAGAGAGUGUGUGUGUAUUAGCUUCUGGGCCACAGCCCUCUUAUAAGGGCCAUCUGGGCCCUGAUUAAGCUGGCCACAGUUGUGGCUGCUUUCCCCAUCAGCCUACCUUUUCCCAGCUGCAGCCCUCUCCAGGGCUGCUUUAACCCCUUCAGGGACAGAGCGGGGUGACCACCCCGCGACACAUGUCCAGAAGGGACCAUUGUGAUAAUCUAGUCUGACCUCCUGUAUAACACAGCCCAUAAAACGGCCCCAAAAUAAUUCCGAGAGCAGAGCUUUCAGAAAAACAUCCAACAUGGCUAAAUGUAAAUGCAUACAGCUAGGAACAAAGAAUCUAAACCAUACUGACACAAUGGGGGACUCUAUCGUGGGAAGCAGUGACUCUAAGAAAGAUUAGUGGGGUCAUGGUGGCUAAUCAGCUGGCUAUGAGCUCCCAGUGCAACGCUGUGGCCAAAAGGGUUAAUGUGAAUCUUGGAUGCAUAAAUAGGGAAAUCUCAAGUACGAGCAGAGAGGUUAUUUUACCUAGGUAUUUGGCACUGGUCUGACCACUACUGGAAUACUGCGUCCAAGUCUAGUGUCCACCAGUGGUGGGGUGUGAUUUUUUUGACAAGAGAGGCACAAAUCACAAAAUGGGUGUAUCUAUGACUACAAGUUAUAUGGUACGUGGCAGCAACUCCUCCUUUGCCAUUUUGAAUGGGACCCAAUCUAGUUGGUGGUCUCUGGGCAAGCCUGCUGGACUGGCCCUCACACCCGAGCUAGGUGGGUAAACCCCUAGUUUCUCCAGGUUCAUGGAUAGCUCUGGGGUUUAGGUGGGAGGCAGGUGACUGGACACCCAGAGUGAGACAGCAGUGCACAUGGCCAGAGGCAGAAACUUAGGUACUUAAGGAACUUUUACCCUGACAAUGUAGGUGCUGAAUGAGUUUAGGCACCUACAGGGAUUGGUGGCAAUUUUGUGGGUUGCAGUGGAGCCUAAACCCCAAACUUAAGGGUCUAAACACCUUUAUGAAUCUGGGCCCAAGAGCUUUGCUGUUACUAAGGUCUCUGAAGAUUCCCACAAUAGUUUGGUUCCCAUGCUUGCAGAGCUCCCUGCCCACAAAAGAAUAGUCUAUACUAGUCAAAUACCUGAUCCCCCAUCCCUUCAGAGCAAGAGAAGGUAUCCCCCAUCCCUCACACAGGAACAGUGAUACUUGGGGAAAAAAAAAAAAAAACAGCUCUCCUCAAAAUGAACAUCCAGAGACACCACAAAGAGUGAAAUGGUGAAUUGGCUCAGUACAAUGGGUCCAGAGCCAAGCAGAGUCAGACAAGGUGCCUGAGAAAUGGGCUCUUUCACAUGGCGUGGAGCAGCCAGGAGCACAAUAAAGCUACAGAGCUAAGAGCUUUAUUAGUAGUAACCCGGAGUGAUACAGAUAACCAGUCCUGCUGCUGAGUGCAUCAACUCCAAGUGCCUCCUGGCACAUCUCCCCUCUGAACUCCAAUAACACUCUUCCCAAAUUACCACCACCAUUUCUACUAAAAUAGGUGAAUAGAGAACAGUUCAA